AUGGUGAAUGGUGUGACUCUGAGAGGAGAGAUCUCUCAACAGGCCACAACCUUUUUUGCUAAACUGUACAUGUCAGAGGACCAUGGGCUUGAUGAAGAGCUAUUUGGGGUUAUUCCUAAACUUGUUGGACCAGCGGCUAACGAGAUCUUGACUAUGACUGCUACCUUAACCGAAGUGAAACAGCUGGGGAUCGUGGCUCAUUUUGUUGCUACAGCUGGUUUUAUCAGACUUUAUCUUUGCUUUCUUGUCGCUGCUGCUGGCCACCUCUGGUCUCUUUUUCUUCAGCUGGUUUUGCUGAUUUUCUCAUGGUCUCUCAGCGGUUCUUUCAUCUGCUUGACGCUGGCUAUUGGUCUGCUGCUGUGGGUUUCUCUGUUGCUGCUUCCUUCGGCAGUCAGCUGGGGAUUUGUUCUCAGCGGGCUCUCAGUUGCUGUGUUGGUUCUGGGCUUAUGUUCAUUCCUCAUGGUUUUCAUCAUCUCGCAGUUGCUGUCUCUUGGGUUUCCAGCUUUCCUCCAGCUGAAUUUUCUGGAUCUUCAGCUGGACUCUCAGCUGGCUUUUGCUGGCCUUCAUGUCCCAUUUUAUGUCCUUUUCUUUUUUGAUGGUUUAUGCCACAUUGGCUUCCUUGUUUUUGUUAAAGCCCGGCUUCCUUGCUUCUUGUAA